CGAGCUGGGUAAUGUUUUUUCAGCUAAUAGCUUUCAGUCCUAAUCGAAUGCACCGAACGGCAAUUAUGAGUACGUGGCGGGUGUGCAUUGUGCGAGCCUAUUGCCGCAAUUAACCUUGAAACAUUUUCAUUACUGUACCAUUCAUAGCUAAACAACGCACAAUUAAGCUCAAUCCAACGGCUUAGAAGUGCAAUGUUGGUAAUUCGCCCAAAGUAAUCUCCAGGUGACACGGGGUUUCGCCAAUACCCUCGAAUCACUUGGACUGGAUCACUUGGCGCGAACACUCGGUUUGAAGAUUCGAGUUCUGCGACUGCGGUCAGGUGCUUUCGAACAGUCUUUGUCAGUUCACGCUUUGUGUUCAUCAUAUAUUCCGGUGAAGUAAUAUAUUAGUGAGAAAAUGCAAAUUGUGAGAUUGAUAGUCUUACUGGGUGCCUUUGUUUGUGGUACAAUUUAUGCGGAAGAUACGAAAACGUUCCCAGGUGCUGAAAUCAUUAUCCCGGCUAUCAUAGGUCAGGUUUUACCCGUCAUAAUCGGCGGAAUUAUCGGUGGUGGCGGAGGUCCAACAGGAGGAGGAGGCGCCAAUCUUCCUGCAUUGCCUCCAGUUUCGAUCUCACAUACAACCUCGGUGGCAACUUCGGUUGCAAACAAGCCAAUUGCCGUUAGUUUCAACAGCCACAGCGGUUCACUAUCGACUAGUUCGAAUACCAAUGCCGGUUCACAAGCGAUUGCUGGCCAGGGAUCGAUGGUUUCGGCAACCAGUGGCAGCGGGACGAAUCCGAUUAACACGCUUAGUGUGCAGUGGCGGAAGUUUUUCAAAAAUAUUAGCUAGUAAUACUGCGGUAAAAAUCUUCGAGUCAGUUGAAAGGAGAAAGUUCAUAGUCGAAUGUACAAAGUUUUAGAGGAAGUAUACUACGCAUAGAAAACUUGUUCGUAAAAUAAACGAUGAAAUUUUUUUUUCAAAAGCCAUUAUUACUGAAGAAUGAUCAUUUAAUGCAGUGUUUAGGUACAAGAGAAAAUCAGAUAAAUGUUAGGUAAACCAUGCAUCCGCCAUAUAAAAAAAUUAAAAGGUUAUUUCCGGUAAAAAGAUUAUUUGCCUUGGAAUGGAAGCAAACCGCAAGCGAAACAAAAGUGUAACUAGAAUAAUGGAACUCGAAUAUGAUUAAGAAAUUGCUUUAAUUAACGUAGAACUACAUCUUCAAGAAAGGUCUAAGCGAGGUAAAAUGAAAAUCGAAAAAAGGGGAUGGAAACAUGUCCGAUUUCAAACGUUUAUAACUCGGUUAGUUUUCAACAAAUUUCCAUCGUUCUUUUGCCGCAAUCAAUUGAAAAACUAGCUACAAAUUCGCCGAAAUAGAGAGAAUUGUAUUUCGGUUAUGAGAACCAUUGUACCAGCUGUUGUUUUUAAAACUCCGAUUUUGGACCAAUUAGAGUAAUUUUUUUCGGGAUGUUUUGAGUAAAGUGAAGUACUCGGGUAUUUUGGCUAUUGAUUAAGGUAUAUUUGAAGAUGUAUUUUGCAUGUCGUGGAUAAAUAGAUUGAGUUACCUUUUCAGCACGGCGCUUAUUAAAAUCGAUAGUUUCAAAAACAGCCAUAUAAAAUGCGGCCACUCUACUGAACACCACAGAAAAUAAAUAAAAACAAACGAGACCAAUCUGCAAUUUCGAGCAGAAUUGAAGCACUUGAAAAUAAAUUCUAUGUCUUAGAAUCGUUAUAUGUAUAUACAUAUUCUACCAUAUCUCGGGAUAAGAAACGGCAAUUAUUAUGUGAAUUAAUUUUUUGUUUUUAAAUAUAAACUUCUUGUGGGUCCAUUUAAUGUACUCGAAUCAACUUCAAACUUUCAUAGCUUAUUUCUCGGGUAAAGAUAAUUAUUCUGUUAUCACGACUGAAAAAAAUUCGGCAACAGUCACUUUUCCGAUUUUUGUCCGCCUGAAAUCCUGCAGUGCCCUGGUACCCCGUAGGGUACGUAUUACCCCUUAAAAUUCAGGUCCCCCUCAUUGAAAGAUCAUGCUCUUUUACAUCAAAUAUAUCAAAAUCAGAGAUGUAUAUUGUCUAAAACAACAAUCAUAUUAAAAUGACCAAAACAGGUUCGAUGCGCCCGUUUGGAAGCGGCAGUCUUGUCUGCUGUCGGAGCUGCAGGCAAUGACGCAGCGGCAGCGGCUGAAUAUGAUAGUUAAUUCGAUUUUCCCGGCGAAUCAUGACGUGGCGGUGGUGAUAGACGACGAGAUCUAUCCAGUGUUAUUAAACUCGUUCAUAAAAAAGCAUGCGAUACUCGAAGUGGCGUUAUCACUGCUACCGAAAUCACACACUGGAGAUACUUCAUUCGAACUGUUUCUAGUUCUUUUUCACUUCUUUCAUUGCACUGCACCGAGUGUUAUUGCUUGCGUGUUUUCUCGUACGAACCUAUGCCGAAACUCGCUCCCGAAAUCAUGGACCUAUCUCAUCCUGCAUGGCAACGACUGGCAAAGCACUUCGUAUAUUACAUCCUUCACGAAGGAAGUGAGCUCCGAGCCUCUGAAGUGAAAUUCAUUUGAUAUUUUUCGAUCAAAUUAAUGAUUCAUUCCUAGAUUUAAGAAAAAAUGCCGAGAAAUCAAUUCUGUUAACUUUUACCUGUAAAAAAUAUAAAAAUAUUGUAAUUCUAUUAAAUUAACUCAUUUAUAAAAAAAAAAUUCAAAAAAAAAAACAGAUUUUUGAAAAGUUACAAAUAUAUAGAGUCAAAUAUGCCCUUUAAUGAAUGACGACAAACAAAUGAAAAAGGCUAAUUUUUUAAAGAAAAUACAUCAAUAACUUUGAGUAGAAUUAAGAUAUUCACGAUGUCAGCAUUGAAAAUUGAUGGUUUUUAAAGCCCUAAAAGUAUUAAAAGACAAUUUCGAUGUUAAAAUUCAAAUAAAAAAAUUAGAGCAGUUUCUGCCUUUCCUCUAGAAAGGUAUAGCAGAGCAAAAUCAUUUCAAAUCGCCUGGAAAUACGCGAAAAUUUAAUCGACCAUUUUUGAUUUGAAAGAAACUUUGCACACGUAUUUGGCUUAGCAAACUGAGCAUUUUUCACAGGGGAGAGAUUUUUUACACCCAUGAGUUACAUUCUAAAAGAGCGUAUGCCUUUUGGCAUAGGUUUUAUUCGAAGCAUUGUAGCCCAGAA